AUGGACCACCACAUGGUGCCUCUGGGGAAUCCACGUGGCAUAGGGAAACUGCUUACCGAAGAGACAGAUGUCGAGAUGACCAUCAAGAGAGCCCUCUUUGCUGUGAAGAAGCCGGUAGCUGGGAUCACUACAGAGGUGCAGGAGGAUAUGGUACAUCCGGGCAGUGCUCUACAGCAGGCUCAGAACAUCUCUCUCUCCGUUCUGGUAAACAUUACAACUCACCUGCUAGUACUUCUACCAGGGAUGAGUGGCGUUGAUGGGCAUGAAGGAGAGGAGUUUGACUAUGGGCAAUUAAAUGACCCAAACUAUACAACAGACAGUCAUGUAGGUAUUUAUGAGGAAACUUAUUCAGCAUACGAAGAUUCUUCAGUUGUGACAUGGACUGAGGCAUCCUUAUGUGCCACUGUAGCUGAUGCGAAUAGGGAAUUUAUUCAAGAAACUGGAGCCGACAACCAAAGUUUAGAAAACCAAGUUCCUUACUCUGGCAGUGCAGAUGUUCAAGCUGGUGGUUUCAAUGUCAAGCGCAUAAGCCGAGCUGUGCUGGAUUUUAGCUCUGUCUUGCGGGGAGCAUUGCGCAAAGUUGAAGUACCUGGAGCCCAGAAUGAUGGAGAGGAACUAGACUUUGAAAUAUGUACCACUACUGACCUGCCUACAGCUGACGUACCUUUAGUCUAUGAGGCACAAUUCAAACAAACAUGCAAUGAAACCUUGAAAGGUAAUUUGGUUAAUAGUUGUGCUGUUGGGGAAUUGAGCAACUAUAACACUCUAGACAAAUCAGACAUAGAAGCCAAGAACAGCCUUACAGACACCUGUCAACACCCUACUUUUUCGGACAAGAUCCCUCCAUUCCCAGUUAAACUUUCUGUAUGCCCUGAUGCAUUUUCCAGUAGCACUUCAAUACUGCCUCCACCUCAUGGCCUUAUAAAACAACCUGCCGAAGGUCCUGCAGAUCAGACCGUUACAACCCAGCUAUCACAAUGCACAACUACAGAAUCCCUCUCGGUCUCUUUUUCGGCUGAUGAAUCAGCGGCACUAGAGGAAUCUGGAGUGCCAAUGCCACAACAUCCCGCCACAGACACUGUAGCCCCAGAAGGCAAAGCAGAAGGUGAUGCAGCAGAUGUGGAGAUAAGCCAGAUGGAUGAGCGCAGGCUGAAGUGCCUGAGGACCUUCCAACAGAUUCUCCGGGAGAAGAGGGAGACCCGGCGCAGCCUCGCCAGUAUGACUAUGUCCACCUUCUCUCAGGAGGAGUACGAACCAGAUGGAAGUCAAGAUGGAGAUCAGAGUCGAGAUCAAGAUGGUGACCCCAACAAGCACGCAUGGGCCAAGCCAGGGGGAAACACACCUUUUGGCAUCGACAGCAUGCCAGACCUACGCAAGAGGAGGCCCAUUCCCCUUGUCAGUGAACUGGCUAUGUCUAUGAUACAAUCCAGGAAAGCUGGACUCGCCCACACACUGGCCACACGGACGUCCUUGAAAGACGAAGAGCUUAAAAACCAUGUGUACAAAAAGACCCUGCAGUCUUUGAUCUACCCCAUCUCCUGCACCACGCCACACAAUUUCGAAGUCUGGACUGCAACUACACCCACCUACUGCUACGAGUGCGAGGGUCUGCUGUGGGGCAUUGCCCGGCAGGGUAUGCGCUGUGCAGAGUGCGGGGUCAAAGUGCACGAGAAAUGCCAAGAGCUGCUGAACGCCGACUGUCUGCAGAGGGCUGCUGAGAAGAGCUCCAAGACCGGGGCGGAGGACCGGACGCAGCACAUCAUCAUGGCUAUGAAGGACAGGAUGAAAAUCCGCGAGAGGAACAAACCGGAGAUCUUUGAUGAGAUCCGAAGUGUGUUCAAUAUCUCCAAAACGAUCCACGUCCAACACAUGAAGAGCAUCAAGCAGAGCGUCCUCGACGGCACCUCCAAGUGGUCGGCCAAGAUCAGCAUCAACAUCGUCAGUGCGCAGGGUCUCCAGGCCAAGGACAGAACAGGCUCCAGUGACCCGUAUGUCACCAUCCAAGUUGGAAAGACCAAGAAGAGAACAAAGACCAUCUACGGCAACCUGAACCCGGUCUGGGAGGAAAAAUACAGCUUCGAGUGCCACAACUCGUCAGACCGAAUCAAGCUGCGGGUUUGGGACGAAGAUGAUGACAUCAAGUCUCGAGUAAAGCAGCGCCUGAAGAGAGAGUCAGACGACUUCUUGGGCCAGAGCAUCAUCGAGGUGCGAACUCUGAGCGGAGAGAUGGACGUCUGGUACAACUUAGAAAAGCGGACAGACAAGUCGGCGGUGUCUGGCGCUAUUCGUCUUCAGAUCAGUGUUGAGAUCGAGGGAGAGGAGAAAGUGGCACCCUAUCAUGUACAGUACACGUGCCUUCAUGAGAACAUGUUCCACUUCUCCACGGACAUAGAGGGGGGCGGCGUCGUGAAGAUCCCAGUGGCUCACGGAGACGAUGCGUGGAAGGUUUACUUUGAUGAGUUGCAGCAGGAAAUCGUGGACGAGUUCGCCAUGCGCUAUGGCAUCGAAUCCAUAUACCAGGCCAUGACCCAUUUCUCUUGCCUAUCCUCUAAGUACAUGCUGUCAGGGGUUCCGGCAGUGAUGAGCACACUGCUGGCCAACAUAAACGCCUUCUACGCCCACCCAACCGCCUCCACCAACGUCUCUGCUCCGGCCAGAUUUGCAGCAUCCAACUUCGGGAGAGAUCGUUUUGUGAAGCUCCUGGAUCAGCUGCACAACUCCCUGCGUAUCGACCUCUCUAUGUACAGAAACAACUUCCCAGCCAGCAGCAAGCCUCGCCUGCAUGACCUCAAGUCGACAGUGGAUCUCCUCACCAGCAUCACCUUCUUCAGGAUGAAGGUCUUGGAGCUGCAGAGUCCUCCGCGGGCCGCCAACGUUGUACGGGACUGCGUCAAAGCCUGCCUGAAUUCCACCUACGAGUACAUCUUCAACAACUGUCAGGAGCUCUUCAACCGCCAGUUCCAGCCCGCCGUCCCACCACCUGAGCCUGAGAAGAAAAAGAAGAUGAAGAAGAAGAAGAAGAAGAAGAAGGAAAAGGGGGAAGGAGAGGAGGGGGAAAACAAAGAAGAGGGAAAGGAUGAAGAGGAGGAAGAAGAAGAACAAGAAGAGGAGGAGGAGGAGGAGGAAGAGGAGGAGGAGGAAGAGGAGGAGGAGGAGAAGAAAGAGGAGAUCCAGCAGGAGGAGCAGGGCCCGAGCAUUCAGAAUCUGGAAUUUUGGCCAAAACUCAUCACGCUCAUCGUCUCCAUCAUCGAGGAGGACAAGAACUCCUACACAAGCAUCAUCAACCAGUUUCCUCAGGAACUGGACGUGGGUAAAGUCAGCGCUGAGGUCAUUUGGAGGCUGUUCGCUCAGGACAUGAAAUAUGCCCUGGAGGAACACGAGAAGCUUAGACUAUGUAAGACUGCUGACUACAUGAACCUACACUUCAAGGUCAAGUGGCUAUACAAUGAGUAUGUUAAGGACCUGCCCGCCUUCACAGACACUGUGCCUGAGUACCCUGCGUGGUUCCUCCAGUUUGUCCUGGCCUGGCUGGCUGAGAACGAGGAGGUGUCGAUGGAGUUUAUGAACGGGGCGCUGGAGAGAGACAAGAGAGAAGGGUUCCAGCAGACGUCUGAGCACGCUCUGUUCUCCUGCUCUGUGGUGGACAUCUUCACUCAGCUUAACCAGAGCUUUGAGAUCAUCAAGAAACUGGACUGCCCUGACCCCACUGUGGUGGCUCAUUACAACCGGCGCUUCGCCAAGACGAUCACCAAAGUGCUGCUGCAGUACUGUGCCGUGCUGGCCAAGAGCUUUCCCUCCUACUGUGAGAAGGAAAAGAUACCCUGUGUGCUGAUGAACAACAUCCAGCAGAUGAGGGUCCUGUUGGAGAAGAUGUUUGAGUCGAUGGGAGCAAAACAGGCUGAAAAGAAAGACAAAGAGAAACAGGAGGACGUUAAAAGCAAACAGUCAAAGGAGGAGGUGAACAAGACUGAAGCCACAGCUGCGACAAAGAAGCUGGAUACAGAGGCAGCAGACAUCCUCAAUGACCUGCAGGGGAAGCUGAACACCUUCCUGGAUAACUUCAGUAUGGUGUUUGCCAAGAGUUUCCAGGCUCGUAUUAAUGUCUGCAUGCGUCAGAUGGCUGAGAUCCUCUACCAGAUCAAAGGCCCCCCCAACCACAACACUGCAGAGGCAGACGCUGACAACAUGCUGAGGCCCCUUAUGGAGUUCCUGGAUGGGAAUCUGAGUAUCUUUGCUGACGUCUGUGAGAAGACGGUGUUGAAGCGGAUCCUGAAGGAUCUGUGGAAGAUCGUCCUGAGCAGCCUGGAGAAGACCAUCGUCCUGCCGCAGAGCAACGACAGUCUGGGUGCCCAGCUCCUCACAGCAGCUAAAGGACUGUCCAGUCUCAAGGGAGGGGGAGAAGCCAAAACCUUGACGCCCAAACAGUGUAUAAUCAUGGAUGCAGGACUGGAGGCCAUAAAGCAAUACUUCCAUGCAGGAGGAAACGGGCUGAAGAAGGCGUUUGUGGAGAAAAGUCCUGAACUUGCUUCACUGCGUUACGCCCUCUCCCUCUACUCCCAGAGCACCGACGCUCUCAUCAAGACCUUUGUCACCACACAGCACUCCCAAGUGCAUGAUGGGAUGGGCAUCAGAAUCACUGGAAAUGAGAAGAUCCGACCUGAUAGGGGCUCGGGGAUAGAGAAGCCCAUCGGAGAGGCCAUACUGCAGAUCGACAUGAUGCUCGGAAAAGAACGCAAAAUCCUUGUGAAAGUCAUCGCAGUGAACGACAUGAAGUGGCAGACAUCAGGGAUGUUCCGGCCUUUCGUGGACGUCUCCAUGGUUGGUCCCUUCCUGGCCGACAAGAAGCGCAAAUUCACCACUAAGUCAAAGAACAACAGCUGGUCAGCGAAGUUCAACGAGGCUUUCCAGUUUGUCCUGGGUAAGGAGUCCCCGGACUGCUAUGAGCUCCAGGUGACGGUGAAGGAUUACUGUUUCGGCCGGGCGGACCGGGUGGUGGGCAUGGCCGUGAUUCAGUUCCGUGACAUCGCUGACCGCAAGACCUGCGUCUGCUGGUGCCCGCUCGGCCCGCGUGUCCAAACCGACGAGACGGGCUUGACGGUGAUGCGCAUCCUGUCCCAGCGGCCUGCUGACGAAGUGGCCAAAGAGUUUGUCAAGCUGAAAUCUGAAACCCGCCCUGUGGAGGAGGGAAGAUGAGCAAAGAUGCUGACUGAAGAACAAAGAAAUUGUGAAAAUGUGAAACUGACAUGGAGCAUGAUCAGGGUGUAGAGUCGGGGCUACGUGGCUCUGUAUGUUGUGUAUGAGCACUUAUCAUAUAUCAUCCUCAGCCUCUGACCUGGAGGAGAUCCUCAAAAGACAGAAGUAAGUCGACAAUUUGUCAUAGCUAUGGUAACAAGGAAAUGUAUUUAAUUCAAAGGGCACAUUUUAGGAAGGAAACGCUUUCUCAAAAUGUUGAAAAAGAAGAACACAAUCAGCACCAACUUCUCUUUCUGACGGACUAUUGUGUAUGCCUGUAGCAAACUAAACCCGUCAUCUGUUGGGAAUCAGAGAUGCUUAUCCACAGCCUUUAACCAAACAAAGUAUAUUGUCUCAGUCGAAAUCUGCUCUGGCAUUUUGGCCCAGACCGGCCUACCAUUUAUUUUGAUACGCUGUUAUGUACAUUAGCUCAUAUUAAGCUUUAUGUCAAGACUCACAUAAUCUUACAUAACAACAAAAUGCCCCGGAAACGCAAUUGCUCGUAACAGUAGUUACUAGAGGAGGACUAGACUGAAUUUACUCUGAGCAGCAAGAUGCUUAAAGGGUUUGAAAAGUCCAGGGCUAUUUCCCAGGUUAUUCCGUCUCAAAGGCAGCCCCUCUUGCAUGGUUUCUUUAUCCAUUUUGGCUUUUUUAUGUGCUGUUUUUGAUCCAAAGUUGGAAGGUAUAAAGACGUGAUUGGGUCAGCCGAAUUGGAUAAAAAACAAACAAUGGGCUGCUUUACCUGUUUUAUGGGGUCGGUCAACAAAAAAAAAACAGGAAAAAAAGAUGGUUGUCGGCCAAAAUAGCAAGGUGACCAGCAGGAAAAUGUCCAGUAUGCAAGAUGGCCAGUCAACCCCUGCCUAAAACUGCGUGGAGCUGGGUUGUUACUUCUGAAAGCUCAUAAUGACUAAUGUUUAACAAUCAUAAAUAAUGGAAGAAAAGUGAGUUGGAGGAUAUAAUCCCAGAUUUGUACUGGUGACUGCUGACAGUCAGACAUUGAUAAAUCUGGUAGCCACUCACUGUUCCCCCCCCCUUAAAAACUGACAUUGGAGCUUAAUACAAAAACAAGGAAUGAACAAAUGUCAUGCUUAACGUGAGCUCAACAAAAGAGCCAAUUAAAACAGCAAUCAGAAUCGUGUUUUACUCGAUUUUGAUGGUAAAGUUAACUUCCACACACAUUUUCUGAAUCACAAGUCCUCAUCACAUCCUCUUAUUUAGGCAAAUCUUCCCUCUUCGCAACACAUUUACAUUACAGAAAUAAAAAUAUACAGGAUAAUUCAAUCCAGAGAGUGAAUGUUUUAAAUAGCAGUGUUUCUGGAGUGUUGAUGCAAGGCUUCCCUAGAAAAUACCCUCAGACAGGCAUAUCUUUUAUGUAGCUGAAGCGGGAAGAAGUCUGUCAAGAUGCAUGUGAAAUAUUUUUACCAGAAAGAAUAUCUAAAGCCUUGGAAAAAUUGAAAAAAUAACAUGCUGAGAUAGAAUUUACAAUUUAGUCAGUUCUUUUGAAAUACAUAGCCUUAAAAAAUAAAAUCCUGCAAGCUAACGUAGCUAGCUCAACGUACAUUGUGCUCAGACUUUAGCGAUGGUAUUUGAAUCUAGUGUUGUGGGUUGCAGAUUUUGAAGCAGGCCGCUGUGUCUGUAAAGCUUUGGCUGAUCUUGCUAUGACUGUGAUCGGGUUAUGAUUGUGACUGUUUUAAGUUGUCUGUAACUGUGCUGCUGCCUAUCUUGGGCCAGGACUCUCUUGGAAAAGAGAUGUUUAAUCUCAAUGAGACCUAUCCUGGUAAAAUAAAGGUAAAAUAAAAACUAAAUACCCCUUGGCUCAACCCACUUUUGAACCAAACAUGAAUGGGUACGACAUUGACUUGUGAAGUUAAAACACUGGAUUUUCUAUAAAAGCGAAGAACUAUAGUAGAGUUGCUUAAGUUAUUUGACAGACCUCUGAACUGUGGCCUGGAUAACAUAGAUCAGCAUAGAAAAGAAAUCGAGUCAUAGGUUUUGAAUUUAGCUUUUCUGUUUUUGCCAUGUGUCAAACUGUGACUGUAGACACUGUUUACCUGCAACUUACUCUUAAUGUAAAAAACAAACAAAACUUGACUACCUGUUUUCAUGGGUUAAAUAAUGUGAACAGCUGUUAUGGAGGACCAGAAAUGGAAUUGUAAGAAUUGAAUAUUAGUCUGAAUUUGCCAUUUUUAAUUGGAUGAGAACUCACAGUAAGUCGUACAGCCAUGCCAUGCAUGCACAGUCACAUACUGUACCAAUCACAUGUAUGUUUGUGGAUAUUUGAUUGGUGUUAUUGCAUUAAACACACUUAGAUCUGGAUGGAAAGAAAACAUGCAGGCAGGUUGUUAAAUUGACUGAAGACUAACUAUGUUUGAUCCACACUCUUGUAUAUUUACUUUGUGCCAAGGAACGCAAGUGUUCAGCAAGCUCUCAUCACUAUUUUGUUUGCAGACAGAAGUGGCCAUUGUAGAUAUGUCAAUGCUUACUGCAUGGUUGCCAAAAGUAGCUGCACUUUGGCUCCAAACUCAAGAAGAUCUGUUUGGUCAUUUAGAUAAAUGAAAUGGAAAUGAGUUUUGUCUUUAAUUCUGCCAUAUUUAAGUGCACCAACAUAUUUCUAUGUAAGCUUUAAGUUAUUUUACAAUGGCCACAGCUGUAGUGACAACUGAACUCUUGCACUAUGUUCAAAAACUAACUGUAAGUUUGUAAAAAAAAUUAAAUAAAAGCCUAUGACCAGAGCAUGUAUUUAUUGUAUACAGUCACCUAGAAUUGUUAUCCUUUUCAUGUAUGUACUGUGAAAUAUGAAGAAUGAUCAAAUAUAUGUAAAGUAGUUAUCGUUACUCUAAUGUGACAU